AUGCUUAACUUGGUUAUCAAGAUUUCAAGUCUACUCGUGGCAUUCUACAUCGCCAUCAUUGGCAUUUUGAGUAUCGACACUCCUCAACGAUGUCUCAUGUUUUUGCAUUGGGUCAAAUUUCCUUUCUAUCCUCGAUUCGAGAUGCCAGAAUACUAUGGUUUUGGACACAACCAAGGAAGAAACAUCAAGAUAUCAACAUCUGAUAAUGUCACUAUUGGUGCAUGGCAAUUCUUACCUACAGAAUACUAUAACAAGCAACAACAACUACGUCUAGCCCAGAAUUUAGCGCGAGAUGAUGAAAUAUUUGAUGCCGCACUUUCUGACUCACAGUAUGAUACAAUUGUCUAUUUCCAUGGCAAUGCAUUGCAUCGUGCUGCCCCUUGGAGAGUAGAUCUCUAUAAGCAAUUACUGCUUCGAUUUGGUAAUAUUAAUCUUAUUGCUAUUGAUUAUCGUGGAUUUGGAGACUCAGAGUCAACACCUUCCGAGCUUGGUCUUCGUAUAGAUGCUCAGUCAACCUUGGACUGGCUUAAUAAGAAAGGAGUACCCAAUAACCGUAUCUCUCUUAUUGGCCACUCUCUUGGCACGGGCGUAGCGACGACGCUGGCCCAUGACAUGUCUGCAUCGGGCAAUCCACCCAAAAGCUUGAUCCUGAAGGCUGGCUACAGUUCCAUGACCACACUCAUUUUUGAGUACAACCUCAUUCCUAAAUUGCCCAUCUUAUCACCCAUCAAACAAUUUCCAGCACUUGAAAAGUGGUUGCUAUCAAAAUUAAACCAUAAAUUCAACUCUCUAUCAAGGAUUCAGGACGUAAAUUGCCCCGUUUUGAUCGUCUACGGCAAGCAUGACGUGGAGAUCCCCAUCUCCAACUCGCAAGCUCUGUUUAGACAUGCCCUCAAUAGCACAGACAAUCUCAAUGCCUUGGUAGAGUCAAAUCGUGUGACGCUCACCGUAAUUCCAAACGAAGCCAAUGUCUAUGAAUCCAUCGAUCGCAGCAAACCACGUUUAAUGCUGGUGGAGCUGAUUCAUGCAAACCAUAAUAACGUUGGCUAUUUUGACUACACAUACGAGUCCAUUGCUGCUAUCCUUUACUAG